AUGGCAUACAGAAUCUCUGCCCCCGAUGAGUACCUUGCCAUCACUGGCAUGGGAAUCAAGACAGUCAAGAUCACAAAGGCAACUUGGGUCUGGCCUCUUCAACGAUGCACACGCUUCAGUAUCCGACCACAUGACUAUGCCAUGGAUCUACAGGCCAUGACAAAGGAGAAGCUUCAGUUCUCUCUUCCUGUAGUCUUCACAGUGGGCCCAGAUCUCAACCAGCGAGGCGCCAACCGGGGUGCCACGGAUGGUGAACCUGAUGACUUUGACAGGGAGGAUCGUGGAGACGCCCUGAUGAAGUACGCUAUGCUUUUGGCCAACUCUGAGGAGGUCGAGAACGUCAACCAGAGCCAGCAUGUGGGCAACAUCGUCAAGGGUAUCAUUGAGGGUGAAACCCGAGUCCUUGUUUCUAGCAUGACCAUGGAGGAGAUCUUCACCGAGCGAGAGGUCUUCAAGAAGAGGAUCUUCAGGAACAUCCAGAAUGAGCUCUCACAGUUUGGACUUCUUAUCUUCAACGCCAACGUCAAAGAGUUGAAGGAUGCUCCCAACUCAGUAUACUUCGCUUCGCUGUCCCGCAAGGCCCACGAGGGCGCCACCAACCAGGCGAGAAUCGAUGUCGCAGAGGCUCAACUUCGCGGUAAUGUUGGAGAAGCCCAACGCAAGGGCGAACAAGAGCGUGAGAUCGCAAAGAUCAACGCCGAGACUGCCGUCCAGAAGACAGAGCGCGAUAUCGAGCGCGCUCAGGCAGAGGCACAUCUCGACACAAAGCGCACAGGACUCACUCGCGACGUCGACAUCGCCCGUAUCACCGCCCAGCGUGUCCUCGAGUCCAAGGAUGAGGAUCUCAAGAAGGAGGUUGAGAUCAAGCGUGCGGCUGCUGAGAUGGAACGUCUGCGUGCUACGGACGUCGUCAAGGCUUCCAUUGCCAGGGAGAGUAAGCAGCAGGCUGCUGAUGCCGCUGCUUACGAGGUUGAGGCGGAUGCUCGCGCUCACCAGGAGGCUAGUCAGCGCAAGGCCGAUGCCGCUGCGUACCAGACUAAGAUCUCAGCCGAUGCCGAUGCAGCAGCUUCUUUUGCCAAGGUCACCAAGAACACAGACGCCGCAGCAUACCAGACCCGCAACGACGCCGAGGCCUACAACUAUGCCGCCCAGCAGCGCGCUGAAGCCCAGCUCGUUGCCAAGCUGCGCGAGGCAGAGGGUAUCGCCGCCAUGGCCGAUGCCUACGGCAAGCUCUCCCAGGCCUUCGGUGGCCCAGCCGGACUCUUGCAGUACAUGAUGAUCGAGAAGGGCACAUACGUCGAGCUGGCCAAGGCCAACGCCGCGGCCAUCAAGGGUCUCGAGCCCAAGAUCAGUGUCUGGAACACAGGCAGCGCUGCUGGUGGCCAGGGUGGAGGUGAUCCCACUGAGACUAUGCGCAAUGUGUACCAGAUGCUGCCUCCUCUGAUGAGCACCAUCAACGAGCAGACUGGUAUCACUCUGCCGGAGUGGCAGUUUGGGAAGUUGAAUGCUGGUGUCAACGCUGUUAACCAGGAGAGUCCCAAGACCAACGGCCACAAGAGCGGCUAA